AUGAAGACGGCGCAACCGGAGGCGGGCGACGGCGUAUUCUCGCGGGCGGCCGAGCUGCUCAACUCUGUGUUCAAUCGGCCCAACGCUGACGAGGACGAUGCCGCGCCUCCACCCCGGUCUCAGCGCGGCGCCAGCUUGCCUUCAAAGGCGUCAUUGCGCAUGAGCAUCGCUCGGUUCGAGGAGGAAGGAAGGUUUUCGAGUGAUGCAGUCGAUCACGAGAAGAUUCUCAGCAAGAGGGUGUGUCUCAACCGGGAGCAGGGCACUAAGUUCGCCUCGAAUCGGGUCAUCACCUCUCGGUACACCAUCCUCACCUUUGUACCGCGGUCGCUCUUUUCACUUCUCAACCCGUUCAACCGCUUCGCGAACUUCUACUUUCUCGUCGUCGGCUGCCUGCAGGCCGUGCCUGCCAUUACCAUCACCGAGGGGCGCGCGGGCACCUUCAUGCCGCUCUCGUUUGUGCUAUUCGUCGACAUGCUCAUGCGCGCAAUCGAGGACUACGCGCGCCACCGCUCGGACGCGGAGACCAACUCGAAGCCCGUCGACGUGCUGCACGGCACGUCCGCGCGGCCCGUGAUGUCAGACGUGCCUAUCGCGCCGUGGGAUCUCGGCUAUGAUGACCGUGGCAGCCGCAACUCCUCGGUGGGCCGAAAGAGCGGCGCCAUCGGGCCGACUGCCGCUGGGCCCUGCUGGCAGACGUUGCCCUGGGACAAGGUGCGGGUCGGUGACGUCGUGCGCGUCGGGAACCGGGGUGCUAUACCAGCAGAUCUCCUGCUGCUGGGCGCGUCGCCGGAGGCGGGCUCAGCCUGGGUCAACACCAAGCCCCUCGACGGCGAAUCCGACACCAAGCUGCGCAUGGCGGUCGCCCCCACGUCGCUGCAGCUUGAGGGGCUGCGCGGCCCGGAGGUAGCCGAGCGGCUGGCGCGGUUUGAUGGGACCCUGCUGUGUGAGCUGCCGAACGACAAGGUCAACGACUUUGUUGGCCGCCUGCAACUCUGCCCCUCGGGUCCGCACAAAUUCGGCGGCGCCCGCGUGACCGUCGAUCGAGACAACAUGCUCUUGCGCGGCUGCCAGCUACGAAACACAGAGGCGGCCUUCGGGAUGGUCGUCUCUGCCGGCGUGGAGUGCAAGAUCAACUUUUCUGGCAAAAAGCUCGGCGAGUUUGAGACCGAACGGACGGGCCACAUUGCCUCCGCCGUCAACAUCGACGUCGCUGGGGUGGCCGUGUUGCUGGUUCUGGUGUGCUGUGUCGGCGCCAGCGGGGCUAUGAUCUGGAUGCGCGACGGUGGUAACCCCUGGUAUCUCGCGCUCGACCCACCGCCGCCCGCCGUCGAGCCCUGGACCCUCCUUGAGACCACGUACCAGUUUCUCUGCCAGCUGGGUCGCUUCUUCCUGCUCUCUUACCAAUUCAUCCCAGUCUCGCUCUACGUGUCCAUGUCCAUGGUUUGCUCUUUCAACUCGUACUUCGUCACCAACGACCUACGCCUCUACGACGAGGAGCAGGAUGAGCCUUGCCGCGUGCGCUCGAUGGCGCUGCUUGAGGACCUUGGCCAGGUGACGCACGUCUUCUCGGACAAGACGGGUACUCUCACCGCAAACCACAUGGAGUUUCGGCGCUGCCUCGUGGGUGGCGUCGCCUACGGCUCUGGCGCCACCGCCAUCUCCGCCUUCCUUGACGCCCAGGGUCGCACUGGUCGUGCGACGGCGGCCACCGCUGGCCUCGCCGUGUGCAAGGCGACCACGGAGCCGUAUGUCAACUAUGAGGAGGCGGCUGGCUCGCCGUCGCUGGUGGAGCUGCUCCGGCAGCCGGAGCUGCAGGCGGCGGCGGCGGCUCGUGAUCUCCUAAUACACCUCGCGCUCAACCACUCGGUGAUGCUCGAGCCCGUCGAUGGCCAAGAGGACCUCUGCGCCUCGUCGCCCGACGAGCUCGCGUUCGUCUCGGCCGCCGAGUACUUUGGGAUCGAGUUUACGGCGCGCGACGCCUCGCGCGGCCGCAUCCAGCUGCGCGACAAGGCCUCGGGGGAGACGCUUGAGGUUGAGCUCCUCGACGUGUUCCCGUACGAGUCUUCGCGCAAGCGCAUGUCGGUGGUGGUGCGGCUGCCACCCUCGCUCUUGCCGCCGGGUUCCAGCUGCCGUGAGGUGCUCUAUUGCAAGGGCGCCGACUCAGUGCUUCUCAACGCCCUCGACGCUGACGCGCACGACCCGGAGCUGAUUGAACACACCGAGUCGACGCUAGGCGAGUGGUCGGAGAUUGCUCUGCGGACCCUCGUGUUUUGCCGGCGUGAGUUGCCGCACUUUGAGGAGUGGCGCAAGCGGUACGACAAGGCGCGCGAGGACCCGGAGGAGCUGCGCCGGUACCGCGCGGGCGAUGCCUGUCGCAUCACCGAACUCCAGGCAGAGCUGGAGACGCAGCUGACACUCCAGGGCGCCACCGCCAUUGAGGACAAACUGCAGGACGGCGUGCCGGAGGUGUGGAUGCUGACGGGCGAUAAGGUCGGCACGGCCAAAAACAUCGCUGCGGCGUGCAAUAUCUUGCCCGCGUCGGUUGACCCGCUCGAGAUCACCGAGGACGCGGUCCCGCCGCUGAAAGAGCUCACCACCGCGUCGAUGCUCGCGGUGCACUACGAGAACCGACACCUGCUGACCGACGCGCUCGAGGGCGGCGACACGGAGCGUGCUGAUGCUGAAACGGCGUACGAAAAUGCCGUGAUCCAGUCUCUUCAGCCAAAGUACCCUGUCGUUGCUGCCAUCCGCCAGGCGCUCGAGGAGAAAGCAGCAGAGAUGGCCAAAUCGUCCAACUCGGCGCGCCACGCGCUUGUUAUUGACGAGAGGGCAAUCGAGCUGUGCGGUAUGGCGAUGCCCAAGCUGCUCGCGUCGGUAGCCAACGGCUCGCGCUCGGUCGUCGCAUGUCGUGCGCGCAAGGACCAGAAGGCGCAGCUGCUCCAGCUCAUCCGGAGGCGCGUGCCCGGCUCGGUCUGUCUCGGCAUCGGCGACGGCGCCAACGACGUCGCGAUGCUCAAGGCGGCGCACGUCGGUGUGGGGAUCAUCGGCAAGGAGGGAGCACAGGCAGUGAACAACUCCGACAUCGCCAUUGGUCAGUUCCGCUUCCUGCGCCCACUGAUGUUCGUGCACGGGCGCAACAUCUACCGGCGGCUGCCCGUGCUUGUGUUCUACAUCUUCUACAAGAACAUCAUCGAGACGCUGGUGCAGUAUUGGUUCACAACGUCCGCAGCCUGGUCGGGCGAGACGCCCUUCGUGCAGCUGGUGAUUAAUUGGUACAACAUGUUCUAUACCGCCAUUCCGAUCAUCGCCUUCGCCUUCAACGACUCCGACCUCCCGGCAGAGGUCGCGGAGGCGUCCCCAGCCGCGUACCAGAUCGGCCUAGCAGCGCGCUGGUACUCGCAUCGUCGCUUCUGGCUCUGGCAGCUCGAGGCGCUGUACUUCUCCCUGGUGGUGCUGUACGGCCCCUUCCUCGCGCUAAGCGUUGCCGCGGCUCACACCCAGGACGGCGCGACGCCGGGCCACUUUGAGGUUGGUGUCGUUGUGCAGAACUUGGUCGUCGUGUGCGCGACGAUUCGCCUUGUGCUCGAGCUGCACGUCAUCACCGUCGUAGAAGUGGUUGCCUACGUUGGCUCCCUCAUCUUCUGGGCGCUCAACCUCUACAUGUUCAGCGAGGUCAACGCGCCGGCGGGCAUGUGCUACGAGUGUUGGGGCCCGUGGAACGACGCAGCGACGGUCCUCUUGUCGCCAAUUACAAUGCUGACCUCCCUCGUACUUGGGGCGAUCGUCCUGACGCCGCGCUGGGCGAGCAAGGCGUGGAACGCCGUCCGCGGCUCGGAGACGAAGGAGAUGCGAGCGACCGCCAUCGCUGCUGUGCGCCCAACCCGGCAGACGAGAGGACGCCGGACGAAGAUGGCUAAACCGCCGAUGAUGCGCAAGUAUUCGUCGAAAACGGCUGGAGAGGCGGGCUUCGCGUUCAGCGUCGACGAGAGGUCGGCGAGGAGAGCGCUCGGUUUUGAUGCGAAAAGACCAGCGUGA